AUGAUACUCACGAUUUUGUGCGGUCUCGUCAUCGGACAAUCUAUUGCUUUGCCAAUCGCCAAUGUCUGGCUGAGUCCGAUACCAGCCCUUUCGCCGUUGAGGCAGUAUCACAUGCAGGACGGAUCGGGGUCUUAUCAGUAUUCUUUCACGGGGCCGCAUCAUGCCAAAGCGGAAUCCACCUUGAACGGCGUAACGCAGGGUGGAUAUUCCUAUAUUGAUGCAAACGGAAUUUUGCAAACGGUUUCGUACACGGCGGACGAUAAAAAUGGAUUUAGAGUCAGAGCGAGUAAUAUGCCGCAACCUCCGAAAAAUGACCUGCAAACAUUGCAAGACACGCCGGAAGUAGCCGCGGCGAAGACUAAUCAUCUCUCAGAAUUGCGAAAGGCUAAUUGGCAGGAUAAGAAUCUCUUGUCGUACAAAAUCCUGCCAUCGUAUUUCAGUUUCGCUCAAGUUCAGCAAGAGGGAAACAGCAAAGCCGACCUGAAUUUGAACACGCGGGAAACAGAGGACACCAAGAAUCCGUUCUUACUGUCAAGAUCGGAGGCAGAGGGAAUUGAUGUUCCUAAGCCGGAUCCGAGUCUUUCGAAAGUAUCGCCUGCAAGUCCCACUGGCUCCACCACUGCCAUCACUUCGUCAUUACCCAUUUCAUCAUCAUUGAGGGAGAACAUUCUUCUCAAGGACGACGAACAAGCGUCCAAUCAGAAUACCUUGCAGUUGGUGCCGCUUGCCAGCAGCAUUCAAAGACCGAUGGCCAUGCCCGCGCCUUAUGUAGUUUCCGUGCUACCUUACAGAUUUCUUCACAGUUCGUUACAUCACACCCAGGACUCUCUGGGCCAAUAUGAUUACAGUUACACCGGCGAUUCCAGUGCCAAAACCGAAUCUAGGUCGCUCGAUGGCACCACUAGGGGCGCCUACAGUUACAUCGACGCCAAUGGGAUUCUUCAGCAGGUGCACUACAUCGCUGAUCAGAAUGGCUUCAGGGUCCUGGCAACUAAUCUGCCCGAAGCGAAAUGAUGAUACCGAUGAAGCCGUAGAAAAUGUCCCGUGAGACGUGAAAGCGUUUUUGUCUAUCAAAACGCAAUGUUGAUCCAUGAUUUUUGUCAAAAUUUUGGAUAAAUCAAACGCUGAAUUUCAUCUCGCGAAAUUUCGCGCGAAAAUAGACAAAGUGCAUUUUGAAGUGCAUUCUGGACUUCUGCAAAUUAAAAGAGAGAACAAAAAAAUGAUAUAUAUUUUCGUAAAGUUCGAGUAUGUUGAGAAAUUCAUUUGAAUCAGAGUAUGAAAAAUGAAGGAAUAUAUUAAAUUUAUGUGGUUCGUAUAUUUAUUUAAUGCGUUUUCUCGUUCAGUAAAUACCGGUGUCGGGAUUUCGAGGAAAUAUUUCGCGAAUGCUUCUCGAGUUUGUUCAAAUAAUACUCGCGGAAAUGCAGAGGAACGGACUUGAUUCGUAUUCGAGCGUCCUUUUAAGAUUAAUUUUAUUUGUUUAUAAUGUUAAGCUUUGCGACCGUGAUCAUCAUAUGGUAAAUUAUUUGAUAAUACCGUAGACAUUCUACCUUCAUCAUUAUCUUUAGCAUCAUUAGCGCAUAGUAAUGCCAUACUUUGAAAUUGUUAGUAGAGUCUCUCUUUGCAUUUAUUGAUUAUAUUUCGUGAAUAAAAAACUGCAACCUCUA